AUGUCUUCGCACUCACCUUUGAAAGACGUCCCAGAACUGACGGCUAUAGAACGUGCUGGCCCCAGAGGCUACCUCCGCUAUGUCUUUCCAAUGCGUCUGUCAGAUGACUACAACCUGGAUGAGGUCUUGAAUGUCAUCAGUAAUGGUUACAAAGCUACGUGCCAGAGAGUUGGCGUCAUGGCGUCUGAAGCGGUUCCAGACCCUGAUGCCAGGCAAGCCAACACCUUGAAACUUCAAAGGCUCCCCAACGACCAACUCGGUCUUGUGAAAUACAAGGACUUGAGGGAUCCAGAAGUGUAUUCGUGGGACUACAAGGCCUUGAAAGAAAACCACUUUCCCAUAGCGGCCUUUGAUGCUGAUCUACUGAUGCCUGGUCCCUUGUGGCCUGAGCCUGGGAAGCGACUCCCGAUAUCUCUUGUCCAAGCCAACUUCAUACGGGGCGGUGUUCUCAUCGGAUGGAAUGUCUUUCAUAUGGUUGGUGACGCGACGACAUACCUAACGUGGACAAGAAUUUGGGCUGAAGAAUGUCGUCGAAGCCAAGGCCUCCAGAUACCUAAUCCUCUUGUCGUUGACAAUGCUAUGGUGACCGACAGACAACGUGUCACCCGACCAUCAGGCAACAACAAGGGGAGAGCAGAGGAUCACCCCGAGUAUACAGUUCUGCCAUUCACUCCCACUGGUGCAUCUCCGGCUAUGCUGAGCACAACGUUUCGCGGUCAAGUCUUUUACUUUUCUCCAGAAUCCCUGUCUGCCCUCAAGGCCGAGGCAGCCCCUUCAAACGCAACCAUAGAGACAGACCAGCAAUGGAUUUCUACCAACGAUGCCUUCUCGGCAUUGAUGUGGCGCACCGCUGUGGCAGUUCAGGCACCUCUUGACAGUAUUGGGGAAAAUGAGAAUGCGUCUUCGGUAUUUAACAUGGCUGUCAACGGAAGAACCCGUACAGAUCCGCCUGUACAUCCUCAGACACUCGGCUGUUUCCUUCAAUACAUCAGUGUGUCGGCGCCCAUUCGGGACAUUUUGGCAAGUCUGAGCCUGGCAGAUCUUGCUGUAAUGAUACGGAAGGAGAUUCUUUUGCGCCUCACAAACCAGUUCACUGACGAUGUGGUGACACUCAUUGAUGAACUCCAAGAUGUGACGAUACUCGUUCCGACAGCAUUCUUGGAUGUUCUCGGCAAGACAUCUGUGCAGACGUCGUGGACUGAUUUUGACUUGGCCACUGUGGAGUGGGGUCCGCUUCUGGGAGAUAGAAUUGAAGCCGUUCGUUGUCCCAACACUGGUAUCCUGCCAGGAACACACGUAGUUCUGCCCACCCUGCCCAAUGGCGGUGUUGAAGUUGUGUUUGGGACAGAAGGAGAAUUGCUGCAAAAGGUUCUUGAAGAUCCCCUCUGGGUCAAAUUUGCUGAGCCUAGGUGA